GUAGGCCCCAGACCUGAUGCUGUAUACGUCUCCGCAGUCAUGAGUUCGAUCCUGGAUGAGUAUGAGGAUUCCCAGGCCCGAUCCCGUUCCCGGCCUGUCGGACUCCCUUACCAACAGCAACGCCUCGGUGCUUCAGGCAUCGGCCAGUCAGGUUAUGUCAGUGCGCGUCUUGAAGAGGAAAAGCCAAUCUUUUCCAAACAGAGGAUUGAUUUCAGCCCUCCCAGUGCCAUCAACCACCUUGUGGUUUGCAACAACCAACUGUGUAUGAGUUUAGGCAAAGAGACUCUUCUCAGGAUUGAUUUAGGAAAACCUGACCAACCAAACCAGAUUGAAUUGGGGCGCAAAGACGAUGCCAGGAUCCACAAAUUGUUUCUGGACCCCUCGGGGUCCCAUCUCCUGAUCAGCCUUACAUCCAGCGAGUGUCUUUAUGUGAACAGGAAUUCUCAGAAAAUGAGAAGCCUCUCCCGCUGGAAGGGCCAUUUAAUUGAGAGUGUGGGCUGGAACAAGCAUAUGGGGAGUGAGAGCAACACCGGCCCCAUUCUGGUUGGAACCAGCCAAGGUCAGAUGUACGAAGCGGAGAUUGUGGUCUCAGAGGAUCGGCUGUUUAACUCCAGUCCUGAUCAGUACUUCAAGUAUGUUUACAGCCUGGAAGAGGACGGCUCCCCGGCUCCUGUCUGCUGCCUGGAAAUUGAGCGCAGCAUUGACGCGAGAUUCUUCGUCAUUGCCACCACUCGCAAGCGGUUGUACCAGUUUGUCGGGAAGGCCCCAGAGGCCAGCGAACAGCAGGUAUUCCAGCCCAUCUUCAACCAGUAUGCUGACUCUUUGCCCAGUUUCCAGGAGUUCCCAGUCAGCCUGGGCUUCAGUGAGAUCUCUUUUUACACCUCCAAACUGCGAUCCAGUCCACGCUCCUUUGCCUGGAUGAUGGGAAACGGCGUACUGUAUGGCACCCUUGAUUACAGCAGGCCUGACUCCCUUCUGAGUGACCUGAAGGUCUGGGAGUACUCAGCAGACACCGAGCCUCCCCGAUCUAUUGUCCUGACCCAGUUUCACUUCCUGCUGCUUCUCUCUGACAGGGUGAAAGCCAUUUGCACGCUGAACGGGCAGCUGGUCUUCGAGGACGUGUUCCCCGACAAGUUUGGCCGGCUCCUGCGGAUGGUGAAGGAUUCUGUGGCUGGGUUGAUCUGGAUCUACACGGAGAAGGCUGUUUUCCGGUACCACGUUCAGAAAGAAUCGCGGGAUGUCUGGCAGAUGUACAUGAACAUGGGCAAGUUUGACCUGGCGAAGGAAUACUGCAAAGACCGGCCUGAGUGCCUGGAUGCUGUGUUUGCCAAGGAAGCCGACCACUGCUUUCAGAACAAGAAGUACGUGGAAAGUGCCAAAUACUACGCUCUGACACAGAGGUACUUUGAGGAGAUUGCGCUGAAGUUCAUCGAAGCCAAACAAGAGGAGGCACUGAAGGAGUUUCUGCUGAAAAAGCUGAAGAAUUUGAAGCUGGAGGACAAAACACAGAUGACCUUGUUGGUGAGCUGGCUCACUGAGAUUUACCUGAACUGGCUGGGCAUGUUUGAAGGUGAUGAGAGCAAGCAGAGCCAGUUUGAUGCGACGAGGGAGGAGUUCCGACAGUUUCUGAGCAGCUCCAAGAUUAAAGAGUGCCUGCUCAACAACCGCUCGACCAUCUAUGACCUCUUGGCUAGCCACGGCAACGUAGUGGACAUGGUGUUCUUCUCUGUGAUCAUGCAGGAUUAUGAACGGGUUGUGGCCCACCAUUGCCAGCACGAUGACUACAGUGCAGCUCUGGAGGUCAUGUCCAAGUACCAGGACCCUUCUCUCUUCUAUAAGUUCUCCCCCGUCCUCAUGCAGCACAUUCCCAAGCUGGUGGUGGAUGCAUGGAUCACCAUGAGGAGGCGGCUGGAUCCCAAGAGCCUCAUCCCGGCGCUGGUAAACUACAGCCAGAUCGGCAGCUCGGAACAGAUUGGUGAAGCCAUCCGCUACCUGGAGUUCUGCGUACACGAUCUGAAUGUCACCGACCAAGCAAUUCACAAUUACCUGCUGUCUCUGUACGCCAAGUACAAGCCCAAGGCCUUGCUGUGGUACCUGGAACAAGCUGGGUCAGACACAAACCACAUUCAUUACGACCUGAAGUACGCACUGCGCCUGUGUGCAGAGAAUGGUCACCAUCAGGCCUGUGUGCACAUUUAUAAGACAAUGGAAUUAUAUGAAGAGGCGGUAGAUCUUGCACUGCAGAUGGAUGUAGAUCUUGCUAAAUCAUGUGCAGACAUGCCGGAGGAAGAUGAGGAGCUUCGUAAGAAGCUGUGGCUGAAGAUUGCCCGUCAUGUAGUCCAGGAGGAGAAGGAUGUCAAGAAGGCCAUGGUUUGUUUAUCCAGCUGUAACCUGCUGAAGAUUGAAGACAUUCUGCCCUUCUUUCCAGAUUUUGUGACCAUUGACCAUUUUAAGGAGGCCAUCUGCAGCUCCCUGCAGGAGUAUAACAAGCACAUCGACGAGCUCAAGCAGGAGAUGGAGGAGGCGACAGAGAGUGCCAAACGAAUCCGGGAAGAUAUCCAGGAGAUGAGAAACAAGUAUGGUGUGGUGGAGUCUCAGGAGAAAUGCGCCUCCUGUGACUUCCCACUGCUGAACCGCCCAUUCUAUCUAUUCCUGUGCGGCCACAUGUUCCAUUCAGACUGUCUCCUACAGGAAGUGAUUCCUCACCUCUCCCCUUUCAAGCAGACCAGGCUGGAGGAGCUGCAGAAAAAGCUGGUGACCAGCAACCAAGUGAAAUCCCGGCAGCGGCCAAAGGAAGGAGGAGAAGGCAGUCACAAGGGACAACAGUCCCGUGAUCAGAUCAAAGCUGACAUUGAUGAUAUUGUGGCAGCCGAGUGCAUUUAUUGCGGAGAACUGACAAUUAAAUCAAUAGACAAACCUUUUAUCAACCCACAGAAAUAUGAAGAGGAGAAUAACAGCUGGCUAUAAGGUUUGUUCUCUGGUACAGUUGCUCUCCCAACCUGUGGGCUGUUCUGUGCUGAAUCAGCGCCUCAGAUAUUGGGACUUGUAGUGUUACUAUUUGCACUUGUAACUGAUGCUUCUACACUGCUGAAUAUUCAAAGCUGGCGUAGCUACCCAAUGGGAGCAAAUAAAUUGUAAACACCUUGUACAGUUAAAA